CAAAAUUGUAAUACUACUAUUUAUGUUAUGGUGUUUAAUAUGAUCUGAAAAGCAAAAUGAGAAGGCACUUAAGUUUACUGGUGUUGGGUGGGGGCCACACGACCUUUCCUCUGUUUGAAUCUGAUGAAACUCGUCUAUAAGUAUGUCCUGUCUUAAAGAUCUCAAACAAAAUAAACAACUUCUUCAUAGAGCAGAGAGCAGCAACCAUUAUUACAAGAGAGAAAUGGGAGUUUCUGGAACUCUGGAGUACUUGUCUGAUCUAGUGAGCAGUAGCCAGCACCACCACAAGAAGAAGAAGAAGCAGUUGCAGACAGUGGAGCUUAAGGUGAGAAUGGACUGUGAUGGAUGUGAGCUCAAGGUCAAGAAAGCCCUCUCUUCAAUGAGUGGGGUAAAGUCAGUGGAGAUAAACCGUAAACAGCAGAAGGUGACAGUAACUGGGUAUGUGGAAUCAAGCAAGGUGCUGAAGAAGGCUAAGUCAACAGGGAAGAGAGCUGAGAUUUGGCCUUAUGUGCCUUACAACUUGGUGGCUCAGCCAUAUGCUGCUCAUGCUUAUGACAAAAAGGCCCCUCCUGGCCAUGUUAGAAGACUUGAGACCACUGCUGCCACUGCAACUGUUGCAACAUAUGAAGAUCCUUACAUCAACAUCUUCAGUGAUGACAACCCUAAUGCCUGCUCCAUCAUGUAGACAAAAAUAACUUCUUCUUUCCUUUUUAUUUUUGUUCUCGACGAGUGUAUGUACACUUUUCUUUUAAUGACAAGAGACGUUGUUGUGAAUUAUGAUCAGUGCUUUCCUCAUUUUCGCUACAAUGGUCCUGAACUGUUCACAGUGCACUCUAUUACUUUUCUUGCAGUAGAUAGCUCUGGUGGGCCUUGAUCUGAAGUCAAGAGAUUGUUAUUGUGUUGUAAU